AUGGCCAUCGCGUCUGGAAUGGGAUCAAGAAGCAAUGAAUCCAUUGGAAUCGAACCCAUCGAGUGGUUAACAUUAGCUCUUUUGAUCGAAUUUCAAUCGAUUAGAUUAUCAGUCGAAGAUAUCAAAAGUCAAGGAACAAUAAAUGAUUUAGAUAAUCAAGAAAAUGAAUCUGAUUCAAAGAAAUUCAAAACUUUGGAGAAUGAUGAUUUAAAAAAAGUUAAAGAAUCUUAUCGGUUGGCUAAUUCGAUCUUGAUUAUCAUCACGGAUUUGUUAUUCGGAUCGAAUCCAGAUCGACCUAUUGAGUUUCAUAAAGAGUCUCCAAUCGGUCUUUAUAUUCGUCGAUCAAUUCUCAACAUUUCAAACCUAGAAUUCGAUCAACUCUUAAAAGUCUUUUACAAGUUGAAGAAAUUCUGUACAACAGAAGAUAAUCAUUCUUCAUCUUCAAAUCCUCAUCUCGAUCAACUUACAAAAGCUUAUACCGAGUUCAAGAAUGAUCAUCAUCCUGACUUUAUUCAAUCUGCAAACGCACUGAGGAGAUUUUAUGAUACGCGUUCACAUAAUCAUCACGCGCAUUUAAAUUCUUCCAUCCAUUCUCAUGCUUUAUUUUCACUAGCUGAAUUUCAUUAUCAGAACCGAGCUUAUCCUGCUGCUUAUGAUGCACUAGAUGAAUCUACAAGAUUAGCAAGACUGUCAUCAGAUCGGACGAUUCUUGAUAGAUCAACUUCUUUGAGACGCCAACUAGAUCAUUACCUCUCAGACCAACGUUCGCAGGAAGAAGAACAACCUCAACCCAUCAUCACAGGUCCAACCCAAGCUCAAAGCUCAUUACAGUCGCUCAACAACCAUCAUUCAAAUCAAGAACGGGAGUUUUGGGAUCCUAAUGAAGAACUCUUUGACGUUAUCAGAGUCCUUGAUCGAGGUGAAGAAAGCCUAGGCAGGCUAUACGCAAAGCUUUUCAAAGCUAAGCGAAUGACCCUUUCGCCUUCCACAAAUCACAAUCUCCCAAAUGACGGUGAUCCACUCAAAGUACCCGAACGGAAAUUUGAUCAACUAUCUUGGUUUGGCCUGAAAGCUAAACUUUGGUAUCUUCAAGGUCAACACAGUUUAUGUAACGUUUACGAAGAUUUGGCCUUAUCCAUGAAGGCAGAAGAAGAGCUUGACGAAAAAGGAUUGAUGUCAAAGACUACAAUCUUAUGUGAUAGAGCAACUCGUUUGGCUAAAAGAGGAUUGAUCAUCGAAGGCUUAAUCAUCUUGGUAGAAGAAGCCAUCAAGAAUCAAUGCUCAGCCCGAGAUUUCGAGAAAGUCCAUGAUAUGAUUUUUGAUUUACUUGAAAUGAAAGCUUUUAAAGAACGUGAUCCGAAUCAAUACUUGAAGUUUGAGAAAUAUCGACCUGGCUUAUCACGUACCAAGUCAAGUACUAACAGUAUCGAAAACCGAGUCAAUGAACUAUGUCAAAAAGCCCAAAAGUUAAUGGAAGAAGGACAACUUUCAAGAUCGUUAUGUAUAAUCUUAUCAUCCAUGAGUUUAUCAGAUCAAACAGGUUUAAAGAUUCAUGAAACUAAAUCAAGUUCGAUUUGGUUAGAAGUGAUGAUGAGAUUAAAUCAAGAAGUUUCAUUAGAGAUUUUAAAUCAAUUUAAUGAUUCGUUUCAUACCACUUCUUUACUUAAAGCUAGAUUAGAAAUCUUUAAUGGAUUAAACCAUUUAGAUGAUUUAUGUAAAGCUUUGGAUUAUUUAUCUAUGGCUAAAAUUCAUUACAAGAAAAUUGAAGAUUUCAAAAUGAUUCAAGUUUGUGAAAAGUAUAAAGAGAUCAUCAAGAAAGAAGGAGAAGUGAAAUUUGAAAAAGAUAUAAAAGAUUCUAAAAGAUUUAAAGAAGAAAAAGAAAAAGAAAAAGAAGAAAUUUUAAAAAGUCAAGAAACAGUUUUGAAUUUAGAAGAAAGAUUAAUUAAUGGAUUAAAUUGGUUAAGUGCCAAAAGGUUUUCAAGUGAAACUUGA